CUCGUAUUAAUUAAAUGAUGUAGUUGUCCAGUUCCCAGAGUUUCAAGAAACACCCUAUCUGCACAGGUAGAAGUCAGCAAGCAAAGGAGUAAGAAAGGAAGAUAAAGAGAGAGAUGAGUUACCAGAGAGUCCGCCCCGACGAACCUUACCCUCCACCAGGGUAUCGUCAAUCUCAGGCAUACCCAUACCCACCACCACCCGAUGUGUACCCUCCUCCCCCUCAUGGCCAUCCACCCCAUGGUGUGUACCCUCCACCUCAGGGGCCUUACCCCCCACCUCAGCAGCCUCCACCAGGGUACCAGGGCUACUUCAAUGAGGGGCAGCGCCCUUACUACCCCCCGCCGCCGCAACCUCCACCGCCGUAUGGGGAAUAUCACCACCACCAGAACCAGGGAGAUGACAGAUGCUUUGGGUUCCUCAAAGGAUGUUUGGCCGCUCUCUGCUGCUGCUGCGUGCUGGAGGAAUGCUGCGGCUUCUUCUGAGAUGUUAGAUACCUGGCAUCCGGUUUCGUAGCUAUUGUUUCUGGCAUUCCGAAGCAUUUGAAGAUCGAGAUAUCUUAAAUAUUUGUUGUGCUUGUAAUUUGUAAAUCGAUGCUGGAGGAUACUGUCGAAUGUCAAUGAGCUUUCAGCAUUCUAUUACAAACGGACAGCGUUUGUCUUGUGAUGCCCCUGUAUAUUUGCUUUGUCAGAAAAUAAAGGUUCUCUUUAUGCAUGCCUUGAACGCCA